AUGUAUCAGCAUACAACAUUCAUAGAUAAUUGUCGGGUUAGAUUUAAAAAUGACACAAAUGAGUUGAUUAUUCAGUUUGAGAAUUCUCAUGAAGGAUAUUUAUAUUCAUUCAAAGAAUUUAAACAACCAACCAUGGUUACAUUUACAAGUGAAAAUGUUGUUUUGCUUUAUGAAUAUAUGGAUACAGUAAAAUUACUAUUUUUCAAUUUCGUUGAUUCUAUAAAACCAAAAACAUUUAAUAUAUGUAAUCUUCAUUUAAAUAAAAAAAAUAUAGAAACAUAUAGCAGUUUUGGUACUUGUACUGUUAAAGUAUACUCAACAGAUUUGGUGAAUUCAUUAAGUAAUACAAAAGAAAUAUUUCUUAACUCUCGACUUAGAUCAAUUUUAAAUAAAACAUAUUAUAUUAACAAUCAAGGUAAAGUAUUAGUUUUUCAAUAUUUUCCAAAUUUUAGUUGUCAAGAAUUAACUAUUCCAAUAGAUAUUCAAUACAUAGAAUCUGGUUGUGAAUUUGUAGUUCUUAUUGGUGAAUUUAAUAAUAUGAUAUAUUUAUAUACUCAUGGAAGUGGUUAUCAUGGAUGUUUAGGAAAAGAAAAAGCCAAGGCUAAUGAAGUUGUUGAAGCUUUUAAAGUUCCAAAAGAAAAAUUUGAUAGAGUUGAAUGUGUGGAUUUUGGUGUUAAAGUGUUUCUCAAAUCCAUCAAUUCCAUAUUUAUAUGGGGAUGGAAUAAAGAUUUUGAGUUAUCUAGUUGUUUAGAUGAUAAUGUUGUGUUGUAUGAACCAGCAGAAAUUGAAAUUGAUGACUAA